AUGACGGCUCUCUGGUGUCCCUCGGCAAUCCACUCCAGCUCCACAUUCUUCGUGAGAGGGAAUUACGGUUUCGGGUAUGUUUCUAAGGGCAAUCCCUUGGAGGAGAUUGACCUCUUUGUUAAGGCGGCAACGCGGCCGGGUGCAUUGAAGAAGGUGGUGGAGGAAGCUGAAGAGGAUGUUGGUGUUAAAGUGAGUUGUGUUAUGGGGGAUGCCUUCUUGUCUUAUAUAUUAUGUGAUUUGGGUAAGGAGAUUGAGGUGCCUUGGGUGCCAUGCUGGAACUCAGGGGAACAUUCUUUCUAUGUUCAUGUUUACACUGAUGUUAUCAGGCAAAGAAAUUUGAAAAUGGAUGAGAGUGGUAUUGCUAAAGUAGUACCAUCCACAAUAGAUCUUAAUAUGGAGUAUCAAGGUGAAGACAGUGAAUACGAUAGUUCCGAUAUGGACUUUGAUAUUAAUUCGGAACCGGAUUUUAUUUGUGACGAAGUGAAUGAAAAUAUUGAUGUGUUGAGAGAUGAUGAUGAUACAAAUGGAACUAAUGAAAGUCAUCCUAUGCUAGAAAAACUUGCUCCUCCAAAUGUAAGGAUGAUUUUUGCGUCUUAUGAAGAUGUCAUUGAGUAUUAUCAUGAAUUUGGAAAACAAAAUGGGUUCCAAAUGAAAAUCAGAAGUAGAGAAAAUGUCAAAGGUACUGAAUGUGGUAAUAAGUAUGAUUGCACAAGGUUGAGGCUAGUAUGUAAGAAAGAAGGAAAGUUUGUUCCUAGGGGCAAGGAUCCAUCAAAGCCUACACGAAGUGAAUUUACCGGUUGUAAAGCUAAAAUUACAGCUACAUUUGACAAAAGUAGCGGGGAAUGGAAACUCACCACGGUAGUGUUAGAGCAUAACCAUCCCAUAAACCCUUCAAAUUCUAAAUUUAUGCGGAAUUAUAGAUUCAUUAGUCCACAUAACAAGGAUGUUAUACUAACUAAUGAAAAGGCAGGAGUACCUAUUGGAAGAAAUUUUGCUACAUUUGCGGUACGAUAUGGAGGAUUUGGUGCAGUUCCCUUCUCUGAGAAAGAUUGUAGAAAUUUGGUUUCUAAGCAUAGACGUUUGUGCCUUAAAGAAGGAGACUUUUCUGCUAUGGAGAAGCAUUUCAUGGAUAUGUCUACUAAAGACAAAAAAAUUUUCUACAAGUAUGACACAAGCGAUGGUACUCUUAAAAAUGUAUUUUGGGCGGAUGGGAGAUGUAGAGCUGCAUAUCGUGAUUUUGGAGAUGUGGUAUCAUUUGAUCCGACAUACUUAAGAAAUAGGUAUAGGAUGCCCUUUUGUCCUUUUAUAGGAGUGAAUCAUCAUGGUCAAUCGAUAUUGCUUGGGUGUGCUCUAAUUUCGGGUGAGGACACGAAAAAUUAUAUUUGGUUGUUUAAGACCUGGCUAGCUUGUAUGUCGGGAAAAGCUCCAAAUGGUAUUGUCACAGAUCAAUGCAUGGCUAUAGGGAGUGCUAUUAGGGAGGUAUUUCCAAACACAAAACAUAGAUGGUGCAUUUGGCAUAUUAUGAGAAAUGCAAAAAAGCACUUGAAUUUUCAUGAAGAUAGAGAUAUAAUCCGUAGAGAGCUGCGUCGGACUCUCCAUGAUUCUCUUCAUGUUGAAGAGUUUGAGAAAAAAUGGAAGGAUGUUAUUGAAAAGCAUAAGUUACAACAAAUUAAUUGGUUUAACGAGAUGUUUAAUCUAAGACAUCGGUGGGUUCCUAUAUAUUUCAAAAAUGACUUUUGGGUUGGAAUGUCUAGUACACAACGUAGUGAGAGCAUGAAUUUUUUUUUCAAAGCAUUUGUGAACCUUAAUACUACCUUGAAAGAAUUUGUUGAGCAAUAUUGUCUUGCAUUAGGAAAACGAGCCAAUGAGGAGGAAAAUGAAACAUUUCGUUCAAUGAAUAAGCCAACCCUAUGCUUCACCGAAUUUGUGAGCGAGAGUGUAUUUCAACGUCUUUAUACCUCAAAAAAAUUUGAAGAGUUUCAAGAACAAGUGCGUAUGGUUACAUAUACAAGUGCAACUAAAUCCCAUGAUAAUGGAAGUGUUUGUGUUUAUGAUGUAGUGACCAAGAAGGCUAAAUGGCAACAAUUGAUGAUAAACCAUACUCUUUUCUUUUGGAGAAUUUGGUUAAAUUGA